AUGAACAAGUAUAGUGAUUUACCAGAUAUAGACAAUGAAGGCCAAGAAGUAUUUGAAUCUUCAGAUGUGGAAAGUGAGAUAGAACUACCGAUUGAAACGAAACAUGAUCCUGAUAUAGAAAUCAGUUCCAUUAAUGUUGAAGAAUCAAAAGAACUUUUCGCUCGAAACGAAAUUAUUGAUACCACGUCGUUUGAUUUUCUGGGGAAUCUUUCCAGAUUGAAUGGAUAUAGUGUAGCACAAGUUGAAGAAACUACUGAAGAGAAACUUUCUAGAAUAUCAAGAGAAUUAGAAGAAAUCAAAUUACAAGAUCAGACGGCUUCGGCUUCGGCUUCGGCUUCACAACAACAAGUAGAUCAAUUAUUAACAAUACUAUCAGAGUUGAAAUCGGAAAAUAAUACAACAACCAAUAAACUUUUACGUUCUGAUCAAUUGAAAAUAGAUAGUUUAUUCAAACAUAUUGAAUCCGAUACCCCUGCUGUUGCAUCUCAAAAUUUUAAUCGUUUGAUAGAUUUGGAAAAUAGAUUAAGUGUGCUUGAAUCUGCCGUUGGUGGUACAGAAGACAUCACCACAACCACUUCUAUCCAACUAACUAUAAAUGAUCUUUCACGGAAAAUUUCCAUUAUUGAGAAUCCGGAAUAUAAUUUUGAUAAAAUUAGACAAGAAGUGGAUAAACUUACUAAAGAAUUGGAAGAAUUAGAUUUGAAAAGAAAAGUAUUAGAUAUAGAUAUAGAUAUAGAUAAUGAUCAUGAUCAUAAUGAUGACACAUCCAAAACAACAACAACAAUUACAACAACAACAAUUACAAAACAGGAUAAAAUUGAUGAAUUAUAUGAAAAAUUGCCUCAAAUUAAUAAAUAUAAUCAAGUUGCUCCCAUGUUAUUAACUAGAUUGAAAACUUUAAAUAGUAUACAUCAAGAAAUGAAAAAUAACAUUGAUUUAUCAAAUGGGAUUGAUCAAAUAUUAAAUGAUGUACAAUUGGAUUUGAAAAAUUGGGAUCAAACAAUAAUUAAAUUAAAUGAUCGUAUUAAUGAUUAUGAAGAUAAUUUUGCAAAAAAUUCAACAAUUGUACAAGAAAGAAUUAGUGAUUUAAUAUUAAAAGUAGAUAGUUUAUCCACAGACUGA